UAUAGACACUUAAACACUUUCACAAGUUGGAGUAUUUACUGACGUUUUUAUGUCGUACAACUAAACGCGUGUGUUAACCACAGACCUUAUUUCAGGCAUAUAACACCCAUUUAAGGACCUCUCCCGCUACGCCUUAUUGUUUCCAUAUUGCCACCAACUAAGGGGACAGUUUAGUCUGGGCUCCUGUUGUUUCGUAACACCCCUCCACCGUGAACAACCUCACUCUGCCGCCAUUCUUACUCUUUGCUACAGAGAUGUCCAAGUUCAGAGCAAGACAUUGCAACUGUUCUGUUCCCGGCUGCACAAACCAGCACAAGUGCUUGUUUUCGGUCCCAGCAUCGGAGGAGAAAAGGAAACCAUGGUUAGUUAUUAUUUACGGUAAAGACGUCCCUGCUACCGUCAGCACUAACUUGAACAUCUGUGCUCACCAUUUCACUGCCGACUGCUUCGCCAACAUUGGUCAGUACAACGCUGGGUUUGCCUCCAAAAUGACCCUGAAAGAUGGAUCAGUACCAACUAUACGCGACACAACAACUGUGGAAUCGGUCACCCCGUCUCAGACACUGCAAAGGUUUAAACAUGUUGGCUGCCAGGCUCAACCAGAGACAGCAAAGGCUGCCACACAGCUGUCCUGGACUACCCUCAAGGCUCAUGUCAGAAGUGUAGCUACCCAGACGAAAACAGAUUCCGCUGUUGAUGUUGGAGUUGGUUCGUCUACCGGCCCAAUAAACACCACACAACCUAACGGGACUCGGACAUCGACCAGUCGACCAGCUAAGAGGCCUCGUCUGGAGGUAACGGAGCAGGAAGAUCCUGGGGAGGGCAGCUCACCUACAGCGGCUCCAGGAACACAAGACUUGACCUGUGACCCUGAGGAGCCUGCAGCUGAGUCAACAGAUAAGUCAGAAGCCUCCAUUCCCAUCCAAAAGAUACCAAAAUACAUUGUGUUUGAGACCUGCCUCCUGGAGCUGUUUGAGAGCUGCCCGGUGUGCCAGCAAGCCUGUGAUGUCACCACAACAAGACGUGGUACAUUCCUGAGGGUGAAGCAGCAGUGUCCCCACUGUAAGUUUCACAGACAGUGGAGCAGUCAGCCUCUUGUGGGCUCCACCCCGGCUGGAAACCUUCAACUCUCUGCUGCGGUCUACUUCAGCGGGGCAUCGUAUCGCAAACUGGACAGGAUCUUCAAGUCAAUGCACUUGAAGUCCUAUAACUGUGGCACCUACAGAAGACAUGCCAAGUCUUUCCUGGAGCCGGCCAUCGUGCACAAGUGGAAGACGGAGCAGGACGCCGUGCUGCAGCAGCUCAGUCUGGAGCAGAGAGUCGUUGCUGCUGGUGAUAUGAGGGCCGAUUCAGCAGGACACUCUGCCAAGUACGGCAGCUACACGCUGAUGGACCUGAAACGCAACACAGUCAUCGAUAUCCAGCUCGUGCAGAGCAAUGAAGUUGAGGGAAGUCAUGAUCUGGAGAAAGAGGGCCUGAAGAGGAGCCUGGCACUGCUGGAGGAACGAGCUGUGAUCCUGGAAAGCAUCGUGACGGAUCGUAACCCACAGAUCAGGAAAUUCCUGAAUGAAAGCAACAUCAUCCAGUAUUAUGAUGUCAGACAUGUGGAGAGAGGAAUUUCCAUGCAGCUGGAGAAGAUCUCCAAAAGGUGCGACCCUUUGAAGGAGUGGGUGCCCAGCAUCAAAAACCACUUGUACUGGAUUGCAGCUUCCUCUUCUUUUCCCCCGGAGAGAGUGGCAAAGUGGACCUCGCUUCUCAAUCACGUACAAGACAUCCACACACACGACGACCCCGUGUUCCCCAAGUGUCUGCAUCCACAGAGCGCCACCAGGGACGCAGCCAAGUGGUUAAAAGCUGGGAGCCCUGCGUUCGAUAAGCUGAAGAGGACGAUAACCACCAAGAAAGUGUUGGAGAACGUGUCACAGCUGAGCCCCCAAUCAUCAGGCCUCCUCGCUCUACGCCUUCCACAACGUUAUGCUUCACUUCGCUCCCAAAAAAUUGUUUUUCUCAUUUAUUGGAAUGCUGUGCAGACUCUACCUGGCCGCCAUGUAUUUCAAUGAAAAUGGGAACCGCCAACAGAAGACAGUCGGCGGUGAGCCGCUCUUCAAGGUCCGCUUCCCGAAGAAGGGAGAGUCCAAGGCCGAGGCUGUCAUAGCAGACGCAA